UUCUACAUUAUUCACUGUACGUCAUAAUUCUGUAUUUGCUGUAUCAUGUAUGUAUAUAGGGUACAGGGUUGCCAGAUCCUGCAGCGUUUUUCAAUAACCGUCAUGACAUUUAACAAAAAGUGGAACUUUGAUUGAUGAGCGUUUUCACAAAGCAAGAGUAGGGACACUGUGUUUCAUGAAGGGAGGGAUCUAUAAAGAGGCCUUUAUGUCCCUUGUGUGUUUGUGUAUGUGUGAGUGUUUUGAGAGCAGUGUGCCAGUGUGUGGAACGGCCUGCUGUGUGAAACACUUUUCUUGUGUUUGGACAGAAGCUGGCACUCUGAAUGUGUCAGCGGGCUGCUUGGUGCUGGGGAUAGUCUCGUCUCUGCCAUGAGCCUCGCAUCUCCAUUCAGCCCUGUUUCACAUCUAAAUGCUUCCUUUAUUGCUGGACUGCACACCAUACAUGAAGAAAAAAGUUUACAGCUUCUUUCGUUUCUGGCUUUUCAAAAAUAAACAAUGUAUCGCCAUUUUAUGGUUUAUUUACAAAACAUCUAUUUGGUGCUUUAUUUAUUUGUUUGUUUGUUUGUUUGUUUGUUUGUUUAUUCGUGCUUUAUAUUUAUUUAUUAGUUUGCUGUUUGGUGGUUUACUGUUUAUUUGUUGGUUUAUAUUCAUUGAUUUGUUUGUUUGAUUAUUAUUUUUUAUUUGUUUGUUUAUAGGCAUGUAUUCGUUUCUUUGGUGCUUCAGUAUUUGUUUUUACAUAUAUUUAUUUGUUUGUAUGGUUCUUGUUUGUUUUGUGGUUUAUCACUUUUUUUGUUGGUUUAUUUGCAAGUAUUUAUUUGUUUGUGCCGUGGGAUGGAGACGAAGGCAGAUGCAAGUGCAGAUCAUUUAUUGUACUGAAGAAAAGAGGACUCUGACUCUUGGCGGCCAUGUUGGUUUUGACAGCCUCCCGGAUCAGCUGGUUAGCAAAUCAGUGUCUCAAGGCUUCUGCUUCAACAUCCUCUGCGUGGGUGAAACUGGGAUUGGAAAAUCAACAUUAAUGAACACUCUAUUUAACACGAUUUUUGAAAACGAGGAGGCCAGUCACUAUCAAAGUGGGGUGUAUUUACGACCCAGGUCAUAUGAGAUGAAGGAGAGCAAUGUGGACCUCAAUCUGACGAUCGUCGACACCGUGGGGUUCGGUGACCAGGUCAAUAAGGAAGAGAGCUAUAAACCUAUCACAGACUACAUUGAUGCCCAGUUUGAGAAUUUCCUCCAAGAGGAGCUGAAGAUCAAACGCUCACUCUUUAACUACCACGACACGAGGAUCCACGCCUGCCUGUACUUCAUCUCCCCUACAGGACACUCGCUCAGAUCCCUCGAUCUGGUCACCAUGAAGAUGCUGGACAGUAAGGUGAACAUCAUUCCCAUUAUCGCUAAAGCAGACACAAUCUCCAAAUCCGAUCUCCAUAAAUUCAAGAUUAAGAUCAUGAGCGAGCUUGUCAGCAACGGCGUUCAGAUUUACCAGUUCCCCACAGACGAUGAAGCUGUUGCAGAAAUCAACUCCUCCAUGAACGCUCAUCUGCCUUUUGCUGUGGUGGGAAGUGGAGAGGAGGUUAAAGUGGGAAACAAACUGGUGAGAGCCAGACAGUACCCAUGGGGAGCGGUACAGGUGGAGAAUGAGAGCCACUGUGAUUUUGUAAAGCUGAGGGAGAUGCUGAUCCGGGUGAACAUGGAGGACCUACGGGAGCAGACACAUGCACGUCACUACGAGCUGUACCGCCGCUGUAAACUGGAGGAGAUGGGCUUCAAAGACCCCGACACUGACAUGCAGCCAUUCAGUCUGCAGGAAACGUACGUGGCUAAGAGGAGAGAGUUUGUCGCAGAGCUGCAGCGCAUGGAGGAGGACAUGCGGCAGAUGUUCGUCGUCAAAGUAAAGGAGACGGAGGCUGAGCUGAAGGAAAGAGAGCGAGAGCUGCAUGAGCGUUUCGAGCGUGUCAAGCGUAUGCACCAGGAGGAGAAGAAGACUUUGGAGGAGAAGCGCAGAGAGCUAGAGGAGGAGAUGAACUCCUUUAACAGGAGGAAGAUGGCGGCUGAAACACUGCAGGCUCUCUCACUGCAGAGCUCCAAAGACAAGAAAAGCCUCUCUUGAAGGUAAAAUCCUCUGCCCCGAAAACCUACUGACUCUUACAAAGCUCUGAAACUGGAGACUCCUUCUAUGAAUGUUAAGUAAACUUCUCCUUUACAGAAAGCUUCACCACAGCCAUGAUUAUAUGCUUUCUUAAGUAACAAGUCUGUUUAUUUUUAGUCUUAGCUCAAGUGGAACGUUCACCAUACAAGUCCCGGUGAAUGAGCUGUUACUAUAGAGUAUAUAUAGAAUAUAUAGAAUCUAUAUCCGUACCGGUAUAUUUCAUUGUUCUCCAUGUAAAAUUCCACUUCCUAGUUGGAAACGGUUACUACAGUAGUGUUAGUGACAUCAUCAACAGACAUGGUACGUGAUACUUUUCAGGAAUAUGUAACUGUUGUCAGAUGCUCGUCGGAUGAAAAUGAAAAGGAAGAAGGGAUGCCAAUUUUACCGGAAGCACCUUUAACAGGAUUGGUUAAAUCAUUGUGAGCUAUAAAAUCUAACCAGCUAAACGAUGUCCUCUAAAGUGAGUGUGGCAUCUUCAGGAUCUAUUUCCUCUAGUGGUGCAAAAAUAAACAAAACAUUUGGCCAUAUUGAGUCCAAAAUGUCAGUUGCUCGAUAUUAAUUUCUUGUUUAUAGAACUGUUGUAUAACUCCAGUGUUGCACUUGUGGUCGUGCUGUUAAACUGAAAACAUUGUGCCUACAGUUGUAUCACAGCCGUGCCGAUAUUCAGUACAACCUCAGUCUUGCUUGUGCAGUACUGCUUAAAGAAUCAACACCUUCUGUCCAAUUAGAUUUGCGAAUAGAACAGCGCUGUGGUAUAAAUAUGUUUAGGAUUACAGUAGUUUAUACUGUGUCAUUUAUAUGGAGUUUCUCAUUAGCGUGUUUCUGAUGUAGCGCCCUCUGCUGGACAUCCCCCCCCAAUUACUUUCAACUCAACAUGUUAGUGCUGCUACACCAGCCUGCUGCUGCAGUGUGUAGCCUCGUCCUGUUCUCUCAUUCACUUGCUCUUUUUUUCUGUUACAGUUGAGUUCUUCUAAAUCUGAGUUGAAGGAAUCAGUAUUUUCACAUUUUUAUCAGGACAACGUGUAAUGGAGCAACGCCUCUUCUCCUGUUAUGAUACACUGUACCUGCUCACAGCACACACGUAAAUCCAGCCUUAACUAACUUUUACAUGAUUAAUACUUCACCUGACUGACACUGUACAUGUAAUACUGUAGCUCUACAUACACACACACACACACACACACACACACACACACACACACACACAUACACACACACACACGAACAGUGUUGAACUCUUUCUGUUCAUUACUAUUAUAUACUGUACAUAAUUACACAACAGAACACAUCACACAACCAGAACCUUACUUCACUGUAUAAUUCAUAUUUCCUUCUUUCUUUCUUUCUUUCUUUCUUUCUUUCUUUGUUUCUUUAUUUCCUUUAAUUUUCUUUCUUUCUUUAUUUUUCUUUCUCUUUCCUUUAAUUUUCUUUCUUUCUUACUUUCUUUCUUUCUUUCUGUUUCUCUCUGUCUUUUUUCUUUGUUUGUUUGUUUUGUUUUUUCUCUCUCUUAUAUUUUUCUUUCUUUCUUUCUUUCUCUUUCCUUUAAUUUUCUUUCUUUUGUUCUUUAUUUUUCCUUUAAUUUUCUUUAUUUCCUUUAAAUUCCUUUCUUUCUUUCUUUCUUUCUUUUAUUUUUCUUUAUUUCUUUUUUCUCUCUCUUUCCUUUAACUUACCAUCUUUCUUUCUAUCUGUUUUUUCUUUUUCUCUCUUUUUCUUUUUCUUUCUUUCUUUCUUUCUGUUUUUUCUUUUUGGUUCUGUCUUUUUUGCUCUCUUUUCUUUUUCUUUUUUAUUUCUCUUUCUUUUAACUUUCUUUCUUUCUUUCUAUCUAUCUGUUUUUUUCCGUUUUCCUCUCAAUCUUUUUUAAUCUAUUUUCUUUUUCUUUCUUUCUUUCUUUCUUUUUCUUUCUAUCUGUUAUUUCUUUUUGCUUCUUGCUGUCUUUGUUCUCUCUUAUUUUUCUUUCUUUCUUUCUUUCUUUUAGUUUUUUCUUUCUGUUUCUCUCUGUCUUUUUCUCUGUUUUCUUUUUCUUUUUUAUUUCUCUUUCCUUUAACUUUCUUUCUAGCUGUUUUUUUUUCUUUUUUCCUCUCUGUCUUUUUCUCUUUUCUUUUUCUUUCUUUCUUUCUUUCGGUUUUUUUCUUUGUUUUUCUCUGUCUUUUUUCUCUCUUUUCUUUUCUUUCUUUCUUUCUUUCUUCCUUUUUGUUCUUUUCUUUCUGUUUCUCUCUGUUUUUUCUCUCUCUUUUAUUUUCUUUACUUCUCUUUCCUUGAACUUUCUUUUUUUCUUUCUAUCUGUUUUCUUUCUUUUUCUUUCUCUGUCUUUUUCUCCCUUUUCUUUUUCUUUCUUUAUUUCUGUUUUUUCUUUCUGUUUCUCUUUAUCUGUUUCUCUUUUAUUUCUCUUUCUUUUUUCUUUCUUUCUCCUAGUGACUGCAUAAAGCUGCAUGUAACCUGAGCAGA